UGCCCUUGACAAGUUAGCUUCUGCAUCGAUAGGAUAAUGAAUGGAUGUUAGUCCUCCAGAUCAGAGCCGCUCUCUAACUAACUAGACAUGAUGAAGCCAAUCAAAGGAGGAUCACAGAGAAGGCGAACUCGUCACUCCUCUCCAUCCCGACGCGAUAUCCCCUCUGCCUCCGUCGUCGAACGCGAGGUCUUUACGGAAGCUGACGCCACAUCCAUGUUUGCGGACCUUCAAAUUGGCCAACACAAUAAUAAUGAAAUCUCUAGUGCCAGUAACCCAAGGAGCUUCCCUUACAGCGUGAAGCAGCAGUGUUGGGAAAAGGCUGAGAAGGUCAAGGGCCGAGACCCUGAUCGUUGGCGACGAGACGCGCUCGGUAACAUCGUCUUCAGGAAGCUCGUUGGCUGUCCUGGUUGCUUGUGUCACGAUUAUGAUCACGUUCUGCCUUACUCUAAGGGAGGACAAAGUACGCUGGAAAAUUGCCAGGUUUUACAGGCAACUGUCAAUCGGUCAAAGGGUAAUCGCACUGAGAUAUCUAGAUCAGAACUCAUUCGGAGAAGUUCCUACUGCAAAAUUUCAGGUCGAGACAUGGAUCUUCUUGAAGUCACAUCAUAUGGGAAUGUCCGUCAUGGAGAAGACUCUGGAGGUUGUAGAAUUCAAUGACAGGAUCCAGUUGGAAAUAGCCUAUUGAUAAUUGAUUUCAUCAUAAAGAAUUCAGAAACUUGUUGUUGUACUUGUACGUGCUCAUUUAUCAGUAAAUUGAAAGAGGGUGCUCAUUUAUUUUGUGGGUUCUGCUUAUAGACAAGAACUCCUGUCUCAAACCACGAGAAUCGCAUAACCACUUUCUUAUACUUUCGUGGAGUAUUAGUGUGAUCUGUAUAUUUGUAACUUCGAUUGCAAUCCAUGAUUCCAGUAUUCUAAUCUAAA